AUUACAUUUCCACAUCUUUUUAAUAUACAGUGGCAGAGCCCCUCUCUCUCUCUCUCUCUGUCUCUCUGUCUCUCUCUCUCUCUCUCCCACUCCAUCUCUACACAAACAAUGGAAGACAAAUACGAGAAGCUCGAAAAGGUCGGGGAAGGAACAUACGGCAAGGUGUACAAGGCCAAAGACAAAGCCACCGGCCAAUUAGUCGCCUUGAAGAAGACCAGAUUGGAAAUGGACGAAGAAGGCGUGCCUCCCACCGCUCUCCGCGAGAUUUCGCUACUCCAGAUGCUCUCUCAUUCUCUCUACAUCGUUCGUCUUCUCUCCGUGGAGCACGUAGGCCAUCCUAAUUCCGCCCCCAAUUGCGAUGCCAAGGAUCAAACCAAGAAAAAGCCCAGUCUUUACCUUGUUUUCGAGUAUCUCGACACUGAUUUGAAGAAGUAUAUUGAUUCGCAUCGCAAGGGGGCUAACCCUAGGCCUUUGCCUAAUUCGAUUGUUCAGAGCUUUCUGUUUCAGUUGUGUAAAGGCGUUGCUCAUUGUCACUCUCACGGUGUUCUUCACCGGGAUCUCAAGCCUCAGAAUCUUCUUGUUGACAAGGACAAGGGGAUUCUUAAGAUUGCCGAUUUGGGUCUCGGAAGGGCUUUUACUGUGCCACUUAAGAGUUAUACUCAUGAGAUUGUUACUCUUUGGUAUAGAGCUCCAGAGGUGCUCUUGGGAACAACUCACUACUCAACGGCUGUUGAUAUGUGGUCUGUUGGCUGUAUUUUCGCUGAAAUGACAAGAAGACAAGCUCUCUUUCCAGGAGAUUCUGAGUUCCAGCAACUGCUUCACAUAUUCAGGUUGUUAGGAACACCAAGUGAAAAGCAGUGGCCAGGAGUUAGUUCUCUGCGGGACUGGCAUGUAUAUCCUCGAUGGGAACCUCAGAACUUGGCACGUGCUGUUCCGUCAUUGGACGCUGAUGGUGUUGAUCUCCUAUCGAAAAUGCUCAAAUAUGAUCCAGCUGAUCGGAUAUCGGCCAAAGCAGCUAUGGAUCAUUCCUAUUUUGACACCUUGGACAAGUCUCAGUUCUAACACGUGUCCUUAAAUUCUCUCUCUCUUGUAGGAGAGAAUGUGGUCCUUGGUGAUUUAGAAUAUCAUCAUCUUGGUGAUUUGGAAUGUCAUCAUCUUGGUGAUUUGGAAUGUAUCUAUCUUCAACAAACUCUUCUGUGUGAUCCAAUUUAUCAGUACUGUGUUGUGAUAUUGAAAAGUUUUCGAUGAACUAUUCUGUGAGCAAGUUUGGCUGAGACGGGCUUUAGUUAUCAAUUCUAUGCACUCUCAUACAAUGAAACUUGUAGAUUUUCCAUAUAAUUUUCUAAAGAGAUUUUGGUUAUACAAUACUACAGUGGUUUAAUUUGCUGUCUUA